AUGGAUACGGUGCCUGUUGUACCAAAAUGUUUCGGAAUGUUUCCGCCAAAAUACGGAACUUAUUUGAUCUCAUUGUGUGGGUUAGGUAUGGGUGGAUGUGGGCUAUCGGGGGUAGUACUAUAUGGCCUUGUCGAAGACAGUGUUGUGGCACAUUUCCUGGACAGACAGCCAGUGGACAGCGGAAUGAAAAAAGCUGUUCUCUUAAUUAUUGGAAUGACUUCUCUCUUAUUAUUCUGUGCAAGUUUUCUGCUAUUCGUUGGUCUGGCGUUCAAAUCAACCGGGAGCCUGCUUUUAGGGGUUUGGAUCCUUUUUGCUAUGUGUAUGCUGCUUAUUACAGCUUCUAUAGUACUGCCUAUUUCAUGUUUUUUUAUACCUGAUUCAUGCGUUAUAAAGAAAUUUUCGGCCGUUGUACUCACACUUGCUUAUAUUACAAUAACAAUAUUCCUUUGGUUUUGGCUAUAUUUCGUGGUGGUUGUAUUUAAUCAUAUAAAUGCAAUAUCUUCCGCCAUUUGA